AUGGGGUGGUUGCCUCCGAUCUCCACUCCAAGUAUUCUCAUCGCAAGCUUUCUUGGCUUGAUAACUCUUGCAUUAUACCGGUAUUUUAUCGCUCCUUAUCGACGACUCCGUCAAUUAGGCAUGAAAAUUCCACGACCGAUACCUUUAUUAGGCAACAUGUUCGAUUAUGGACCAACAAACCAACAUGAUGCUCAAGUUAAGAGACAACAAAUAUAUGGCAACCUUUAUGGAACACUCUUUUUCCAUAUACCUACUAUAUGGAUUGGCGAUCCUGACAUAUUAAAGUCAAUAACGGUCAAGGAGUUUUCCAACUUUACCAAUCGUUUCGCCUUAAAUCAACCACGUCCACCCUUCGAUAAAGCAGUUAUACAAUUGAAGGAUCAAGAUUGGAAACGCGUAAGAACAAUUCUUAUACCUACCUUUAGUACUUCCAAAUUGAAAGCAAUUGUGCCACUGAUUGAAAGCGCUGGCGACGAUCUCAUCCAGACGUUAUCAACAGCUGAAGAAAAAGGGAGAGUAAUCGAUAUAUGGCGUACUUGUGGCGUAUUUACAAUGAAAGUGAUCCUAGCUACGGCAUUCGGUAUCGAUUUCGAGUCCAAAGAGCAAGAAAAGAAAUUAACUGAAUCUGCUGGUGUACUAUUUCGUAACAUAAAUGGUGUUUUGCAAUUUUUAUUUGUAUUUUUUACACCGUUAUUUCGCUUACUCGAGCCUUUACUCGGUGGUAAAAUAAUUUCUUCUGUAAAGUACUUGGUUACAACAACGGAAAAUGUCUUGAAAGAAAGAAGAAGAAAUUUAAAAGAUGGUAUCCCUUGCCGAAGAGAUAUUCUACAACAAAUGAUCGAAGCUGGUGAUAAUGACAAGCUCACUGACGAAGAAAUUAUUGCUCAAGCUAUUAUUUUUCUGGUCGCAGGUUAUGAAACUACUGCUAAUACACUGGGAUUUGCAUCAUAUUUACUGGCUACAAAUCCAGAUGCACAAAAGAAAUUAAGAGAUGAAAUUGAUUCACUCUGUCCUGAUGCAAAUUCAAUCGACUACGAUACUCUAUUCAGCUUACCUUACUUAGAUAUGGUCAUUUCCGAAACAUUACGAAUGUAUCCUCCAGCUUUCUUUAUUAAUCGUGAAGCUAGAGAAGAUAUUACUAUUAAUGGUCUACUUAUUCCUAAAGAUGUCAUGGUUGGUUUUCCUAUUUACGCAAUUCAUUAUAAUCCUAAAUUAUGGCCUAAGCCUAAUGAAUUUAUACCAGAACGCUUUUCACCUGAAGAAAAAGCUAAACAGAUACCGUGUAGCUAUCUACCAUUUGGAGGAGGUCCACGUAAUUGUAUAGGAAUGCGGCUAGCAUUAUUGGAAGCUAAGUUAGCCUUGGUUAAGAUUAUACAAAAUUUCGAAUUGAAAACAGUAGCCGAGACGGAAAUACCACUAAAGCUACGAAGUGGAGCUACUCUAUCUCCGCUUAACGGUGUAUUCGUUGGCCUAAGCCGAAGAUCUUGA